AUGGAUCAGAUGAUGGGUGACGGGGGCCGCUUCCCUCUGGAGACGUGGUUCUGGGAAAUGCCCAUCUGCACAAGAUGGUGGACAACAGCAACUGUUUUGACUAGCGCAUUGGUCCAGUGCCAGAUGGUGACUCCGUUCCAGCUAUUCUACAGCUUCCGAGCAGUAUUCGCCAAGUCACAGUAUUGGCGUCUUCUGACGACCUUUCUCUAUUUUGGGCCCUUCUCCCUCGAUCUCCUCUUUCACGUCUACUUCCUACAGCGAUACGCCCGACUUCUGGAGGAAUCUUCAGGUCGUUCGCCCGCUCAUUUCUCAUGGCUCCUGGUCUACGCCAUGACCAGCCUGCUACUUCUGUCCCCGCUGGUGUCAAUGCCAUUUCUUGGCCAUCCCCUAUCAUCAACUCUGGUUUACAUAUGGUCGCGACGGAACCCGGAUACGCGAUUGAGCUUUCUGGGCCUGCUGGUUUUCACAGCUCCAUACCUUCCUUGGGUUCUCAUGGCCUUUAGCUUGAUCCUGCACGGCUCCAUUCCCAAGGAUGAGAUCAUGGGUGUCGUUAUCGGCCACAUCUGGUACUUCUUCUCCGAUGUCUAUCCACCCCUGCACAAUGGUUCGCGGCCAUUUGACCCCCCAGGAUGGUGGAGGCGACUGUUCGAGAGGCGACCAGCGGAUGAGACUGCAGAUGGCAUUAACAAUGACAUUGUCGUUGCGGGCGGUCCAGAGCUCGCCCCCGAGGUUCGAUGA